GCGCAUUUUUUUCUUUGGUGUUUGGCGAAAAGCACAUCCGCUUCCGCAUCCGACCUUCGACCUGAUCUGCACCCGACGGCCGUCCUGAUCUGCACCUCCCCCCGACCAGCACCCAGCAUCGCGCAUCCCCACGCAUCCCCCAACCUCCCAGCAACAUGUCCGGCACCGUCAACCCCAUGGCCUUCCCUCUCUCUGAUUCCCAGCUGACCACCAAGAUCCUUGAUCUGGUCCAGCAGGCGUCCCACUACAAGCAGCUCAAGAAGGGUGCCAACGAGGCAACCAAGACCCUCAACCGCGGUAUUUCUGAGUUCAUCAUCAUGGCCGCCGACACCGAGCCCCUCGAGAUCUUGCUCCACCUGCCCCUCCUCUGCGAAGACAAGAACGUCCCAUACGUCUUUGUUCCCUCCAAGCAGGCCCUCGGCCGUGCCUGCGGUGUCUCUCGCCCCGUCAUUUCCGCCUCCGUCACCACCAACGAGGGUUCGGAGCUCAAGUCCCAGAUCAUUGCCAUCAAGAACGAGAUCGAGAAGCUGCUUGUCUAAAUCUCGGCGCAUGUGCCUCAGCGAUCUAUAGACCAAACCAUCCGACUUCAUUUUCGUUCGAGGAACGGCUCAGCUGGCCGAUUCGGCCGUCUUGUUUCCGAGGCAAUGCGAUGUGCAUCUAGAUCGUAGACUGAACAGGCAGGCGACCUUCCCACCAACCGCUGGUAGCGGUGGGGACUGCUCUCUGUGCUUGUCUAUCGCUUGGGUGCCGUCGUUUUGGAUCGAGCAUGACGCUGAGACGGUCAGCUCUGCAAGGGAAGGCUCCCUCCUCCCUGUCCCGUUCCUCGCCUUUCUUUCUCUGAUGAUCCGUUUGCGUGAAGAGGUUGUAGAUAGUUUUUUCAUCGCAAUAUUUCAUCCCAAUAAUACCAAAAACCCUGCUGAGGACGCCG